AUGACUCUUCUUUCUCUCGUCGAGGACCGGCCGACACCACCGCAAGUGUACAACUGGCGCGUGUAUCUGCUCGCAACCGUUGCCUCCUUUGCCUCGUGCAUGAUUGGCUAUGACAGCGCUUUCAUCGGUCAAACAGUUGAAUUGAAUUCUUUCCGCGAUGAGUUCCGUUUUGGGGAAUGGCCUGAAGAUAAACAAAACCUCGUCAAGGCCAACAUUGUCUCCCUCUACCAAGUCGGGGCUUUCUUCGGCGCCCUGUUCGCCUACCCCAUUGGCUUCUACUGCGGUCGGAAAUGGGGUCUCUUCAUCACUGCACUUAUCUUUACUCUAGGCUCUGGCUUGAUGCUUGGGGCAAAUGGGAGCCGCGGGCUGGGGAUAAUGUACGUCGGGCGCGUGCUGGCCGGUGUGGGCGUGGGAUCUGGCUCGAAUUUAACCCCGAUUUAUAUCUCAGAGUUAUCGCCACCCGCCAUUCGGGGUCGACUGGUCGGUAUCUAUGAGCUGGGGUGGCAGAUUGGUGGAUUGGUCGGUUUCUGGAUUAAUUUCGGCGUGUCGGAAACGCUCCCGGAAAGCAAAAAGCAGUGGAUCAUUCCCUUUGCAGUCCAGCUCAUCCCCUCUGGCCUGCUCCUGAUGGGUGUUUUGUUUAUAAGGGAAUCCCCCCGCUGGUUAUUCGGCCGCGGGCGCCGCCAGGAAGCCAUUGCGAACUUGUGCUGGAUCCGCCAGCUCCCCGAGACCGAAAUCUAUAUCACCGAGGAGAUUAUUGCCAUCGACCAGGCUCUGGAGGAACAGAACGCAAAGAUUGGUACAGGGUUCUGGAAGCCUUUCCAGGCGGCAGCCACCAAGCCCAAGGUGAUGUGGCGAUUGUUCUUGGGUUUUAUACUGUUUUUCUGGCAGAACUGCUCUGGGAUAAACGCCAUUAACUACUACAGUCCUACUGUCUUCAGAAGCCUUGGGAUUACCGGUUCGCUGAACCAAAUGAUGUCGGGCAUUUUCGGUGUCGUCAAGACUGUUGUUACUUUCCUGUGGCUUCUCGUCCUCAUUGAUCAUGUAGGCCGCCGCAAGCUGCUGAUUGCAGGUGGCAUUGGUGGUUCCGUCUGCAUGUGGAUUAUCGGCGCCUACAGCAAGAUCAGAGACCCCGAGAACAGCCCCAACACCGGGUUGGACAGUGCCGGUAUCAUGGCCAUUGUUUUCUUCUACAUAUACACGGCCACCUUCUCUCCGACGUGGAAUGGCACACCCUGGGUGUUGAAUUCGGAAAUGUUUGAUCCCAACAUGCGCUCGCUGGCGCAGAGUGUCGCGUCGUCUAGUAACUGGUUGUGGAACUUCCUCAUCUCGCGCUUCACGCCACAGAUGUUUGCGGAAAUGCAGUACGGAGUUUACUUCUUCUUUGCGAGCCUGAUGCUGUUCUCUAUUGUCUUUGUGUUUUUCCUCAUCCCGGAGACAAAGGGGGUGCCGUUGGAAUUGAUGGAUCGGUUGUUUGAGAUAAAACCCACAUGGCAUGCCCAUGGUCAGAUUAUGGAGCAGCUGCGCGAGGAGGAAGUCCAGCUUCGUCGUGAGAUUCAGAACUCGGAUCUUUACGAUGCUAAAGCGAAGGAGGAGUUUCUUGAAGAUGCAUAG